CGUACCUUUUCAGGAAACAGUGGGGUUCAGUCGGGGGAUAUUGACAGGUGGUCCGUGAACCCCAACUAAUCCGGAAAGAAGAACUUUCUUCCUUAGUUUUAGGAAGACCAUGGCUCACGCCUGGAUAUGCCAGGAGUCCUUAUUAGUGAUUUUACUACAAAUUGUCCUAAUUUGCUCUGCACAGAGGGGCCCUGUCGGUCCUAGAGGCCCCCCGGGACCACCAGGAGCAGCCGGUGUGCCUGGAGUUGAUGGCAUAGACGGAGACAGAGGACCAGGGCCUGGUGUUGAUGGAGGUCCAGGCCCUGAUGGAGACAAUGGCAAAGAUGGAUCUCCAGGAGCACCAGGACUACCAGGGGCAGACGGUGAAAUAGGGCCUGUUGGAGAACCUGGCCCAGAUGGGCUCCCUGGGCCAAAAGGUGAAACUGGUGAACCUGGACCUCAUGGGGAGAUUGGUGUAGGACCUGAUGGGCUUGAUGGUGCACCUGGUGCAGAUGGACUGGCGGGUGAACUUGGCAAAGUUGGACCCCAGGGUGCAAGGGGCAAGAGAGGUCAGAUGGGACUUCCCGGUCCUCCAGGGCCAAGGGGUCUUCCUGGUGUAUAUGAUGGGGAGGACCUGUGUCCCAAUGCCUGCCCCAGUGGUCUGAAUGGAUAUACUGGCCUCCCAGGCAUGAAAGGCCACAAAGGGGCUAAAGGUGAAUCUGGUGAGCCUGGAAAGCAAGGACAUAAGGGAGAGGAGGGUGACCAAGGAACACCAGGAGAAGUUGGAGCUCAAGGGCUACCAGGCCCAGGUGGACAAAGGGGGAUCACAGGAAUAGUAGGCUCUAAAGGUGAUAAGGGUCCACGCGGAAAGCCUGGUGAACUGGGUCCUCAGGGAACCCAGGGUGGCGUAGGCGAUGUGGGCCAGAGAGGAGUAGUGGGUGAGACUGGCCCAAAGGGAACCCAAGGGGCCCAAGGACCUGCAGGGAUUAGGGGCGUCCCAGGCCCUAAAGGAGAACCUGGCCUUGUGGGUCCAGAUGGCCGUGAGGGCAUCCCUGGAUUACCAGGAUCUAAGGGUAUCCCUGGGAAAAAUGGAGCCCCAGGUGAUGCUGGCCUUCAAGGACUUCCUGGAUUACCAGGUUCUUAUGGACCUAAAGGAGUCAGUGGGGAGAAGGGAAACUCUGGUGACCCAGGUGUUGUCGGACUAAUGGGUUCUCCAGGGAAAUCAGGAGAGCGUGGUGAACAGGGAGAAAUAGGACCUGUUGGACCAAGAGGUGGGCCAGGUGAGAGAGGAGAAAGGGGCCAUGAUGGACCUACUGGAACUCCAGGACCCAGGGGAAGUAAAGGGGAUCUCGGUCUUCCUGGACUUCCAGGCCCAGCUGGAUUGCCAGGACAGAAGGGAGACAGGGGGGCGGUUGGUCUUGAUGGUGCUAAAGGAGAACAAGGGGCACCUGGUAAUGAGGGUACAUCUGGGGACAGAGGAGACUUGGGUGAUGAAGGAGAGCCAGGAGAGAAAGGAUCGACAGGCCCACCAGGAGAGACAGGGAACAAAGGGCCAGAGGGUGGCCGGGGCCAGCAGGGGGCAGAGGGCAAGUCAGGUCAGCCCGGACCCCGUGGUAUGCAGGGAGACAGGGGGACUCCAGGGAUGCCAGGCAGGCAGGGGCCAGCGGGUAAAGCACCAAGGGAUACACACAUCAGACAAGUAUGCAUGAGAGUCAUGCAAGAGCAACUAGCCCAGCUAGCGGCCAGCCUGAGCAGGCCUGAGUCAGGCAUCUCUGGGCUUCCAGGCCCCCCCGGCCCCCCCGGCCCCCCAGGCCCAGCUGGAGAGAACGGCUUCCCAGGACACUCUGGAGCUAGAGGUCUUCCCGGUCUUAAAGGACCUCCAGGGCUGCUGGGUCGCAAAGGACCCAAAGGUGAUACAGGUGACAGAGGUGAAAGGGGACCUACAACAAGAGGGUCUAAAGGCAUGCCAGGAGCACCCGGUCUACCAGGUGACCCAGGUAGAGCUUCUUACGGUACAGAUGGCCGUGAUGGCGAUAGAGGUCCACGUGGCGUUCCAGGUAUCGCUGGGGCUCCAGGACCUCCUGGUCCUCCUGGGGUGAAUGGAUAUUGCGAGUCAUCUCAAUGCAUCCUACCCAUGGUGGCGUCCCCUGUGUCUGCAAAAGACUCCGGGAUGAAGGGGCCGAAUGAGAUGUGAGCUUGGUAGAUUUGGACGCUAUACUGAAAGCCCAGGGAGACCUGAGAGACUAAUGGAGGAUAAGUAGCACUCCACGAAACACAAAAGAUGGCGUUUGAAUCUUUUUGUUGUUGUUUGUCAAUAUUUACAUUGUGUUGUCCAUUUUAGUUUUGGUUUAGUCAUUUUAAUAUCCCCCUUGUUGACCUUAAAGGAUGUAUUGGUAUUCCGCUGCUGUGUGACCAACCAUCAGAACUUUUUCUUCAAAUUCUUUUUUACCUCUUUACUUAAUUUGAUUAUCUAUGUAAAGUAAAAUUGAAAAGAAAACUGAUUUAAAUUAACAUAGACAAUUUCACAAGAUACAACAUUAAAACCAAAUUAAGAUUUUAUUAGGAAUUGUUUGUAAAGUAUGGAAUAAUUAUAAAAUCUGAAACUGAAUAACUGUGCUUGAAGCUACAACGUUGAGUUGACGUAACUUUGUAUGUUUAUGUAAAUGUGUCGAUACAAAACUUUGAUUCAAAUUAUACUGCUGGUUGGAUGACUUGCAUUUGUUUUUGAGUAUCAUUGUUGUAUAUCCACUCCACAAACCCUGUGGAUGACCUUCUUAAUCUUAUUUUCACUGUCAUGUUGACAGUGCUUUUGUGAUGAGAGAGAAAGUGUUGUUUGAAGAUAUAUCUACCAGUUUUAUAUGACAUUCUUAUUUAUUAUAUUAAGGUAAAAAGUAACAUCGUAAAGUUGUACAAAAGAAGAAAUAAACACAUUUUGAUAAUG